CAUUAUUGAGACUUAAAUCACAAAAUCAUUUAUCUAAUCCUAUCAUAAACAAUAUUAUCUACCCGUAUAUUAAAUGGCUAAUCACCAUAAAAGCCUUUUAUUAUUAUUUUUUCCCUAGUUCUUCACUUGCAAUUCAGGAAAUAUUUUGCGAAUACAAACAAGAGUUUCCAAGAAUGGGCCAAGAUGAUGAGGACCCAGAAAAGCGUGGGUCAAAAUCAUCAUCAUCGCCGUACAAAUGGUUGAGCAACUUUCACCGUGAUCUGUUUGCGGGGGCGGUGAUGGGCGGUGUAGUGCACACGAUUGUGGCCCCAAUCGAGAGAACGAAACUGUUGUUGCAGACCCAAGACAGCAACCUGGCCAUUGUUGGGAGUGGACGAAGAAAAUUUAAGGGUAUGCUUGAUUGUAUUGUCCGUACAGCCCGAGAAGAAGGCCUUUUAUCUCUUUGGAGAGGCAAUGGCAGUAGUGUGCUUCGUUAUUACCCUUCUGUUGCGCUUAAUUUCUCUCUUAAGGAUCUUUACAGAAACAUUUUAAGGAAUGGCAACUCUCAUGAUGGUAAUUUUGUGUCUGGUACAGCGGCCAACUUCAUUGCUGGGGCUGCGGCUGGUUGUACAACAUUGAUCUUAAUCUACCCACUUGAUAUUGCACACACCCGCCUUGCUGCUGACAUUGGCAGAACUGAGGCUCGUCAAUUCCGAGGCUUUUACCAUUUCCUGACAACCAUAAUCAAGAAAGAUGGGAUUCGAGGGGUUUAUAGAGGGCUACCUGCCUCUUUACAAGGUAUGGUUGUUCACCGGGGCCUAUAUUUUGGGGGCUUUGAUACAAUGAAGGAGAUUUUGUCCAAAGAAUCUAAACCUGAAUUGGCAUUAUGGCAGUGGUGGGUGGUGGCUCAGGCAGUCACUACAUCUGCUGGGUUGUUGUCAUAUCCAUUGGAUACAGUUCGCAGGCGGAUGAUGAUGCAGUCUGGUUUGGAACAACCAAUGUACCGUAGCACACUGGACUGCUGGAAGACAAUUUAUAGGAAAGAGGGAGUGACAUCAUUUUAUCGUGGAGCAGUUUCUAACAUGUUCCGGAGUACUGGUGCCGCUGCUAUUUUGAUUUUGUAUGAUGAGAUCAAGAAGUUCAUGAACUGGAGCGGAUUGUAACAGGAGCUAAUUUCUGUCAAUUUUUUUUUCGUAUAAUCUCAACAGAAGAAUUAGAUAGAAAGGGGUUUUGAGAAUUAGAGGAGGGAAACAUUGUAAAGCGCAAAUGAGUUUGAUACAGCCAAACGACACAGACUAGAUGACAUUCAUUUGCCACGUGAAUUUUUGAGGCUCUGGCAAUUGACACCACAAUUGUUUUGUUGAAAAUAAAAUGAGUCGAAAUUGGUGGAAUUUUUUGCUUAAGUUGAUCGGGAGGGAGACGGGAGACCACUUCAUGUGUUAUAUAUUUCAUAUUCUUAAUAUUUUGGCAUAAAUAGAGAUGAGCGUUUGCCCCGGCCCGAAUGGGGCGGAGAAUUCUCAGAAAAUUCGGGG